AUCAGUCUACCCAUAUUUACUUCGUUUUUCUAAACAGAAGAAGUUCGUGAGUUCAAAUCUGUGUGCAUUUGGUAGCUUUCUAAUAGUUGUCAAUCCGCUCUCCGUAACACGAACACGAAAAAUACAUUGUUGCAGGAUUAACCUGAGGUACCGCACGGCUCAGCUGCUGUCAGGGGCAACCGAAAACCAGUCAUUCCACUCUUCUCUGAGUUACGGAAUAUGUCACAGUGGGAGCGUUUGAAGCAGUUGGAUUUGACUUACCUCCAGAGGGUGGAUGAGUUGUACAGCAGGGAAGAAUUUCCCAUGGAUGUCCGGCAUUAUCUGGCCCACUGGAUAGAGAGCCAAGACUGGGAGCGGGCUUCGCGGGAACAGUCGCGUGCUUUGCUGCUGUUUCAGAUCUUACUGGAGAAUAUGGACAUCCAGUUCAGUCGAUUCACACAGGAGAAAGACACCUUCCUCAUGCAGAGAAACUUCAAACGCUUCAAACAAAACUUUCAGAAAUUCCAGGAGCGGCCAUAUGACCUUGCAGCUAUUAUACACUGGUUUCUGAUGAAGGAGAGAGAGAUUCUCAAAGACGCGGAGGUAGCAGAGCAGAUGCGGUGUUUGGAGGUCCAGCCCAGUUCUGUGGAAAUGGACACUCAGAGACAAAUGGACCGAACCAUACAAGACCUCAAGAGCAGAGUGCAGGUGAUGGAACACACAGUGAAGUCCCUGGAGGAGCAACAGGAUGAAUUUGACUUCAAAUUCCAAACACACCAAAUGGAGGGCACCACUGAUGAGAUGGAGAGGAGGCGUCAGACUCAAGCCCUUCAGCAGAUGCUUAACAUGCUGGAUCAGUCCAGGAAGGUGUUCCUCUCUGACCUGACAGGGCUGUUGGACUUUGCUGAGGAGUUGCUGUGUGUACUUGUGGAGAAGGAGCUGGUGGAGUGGAGCCGUAGACUACAGGUCUCAUGUAUCGGUGCCCCUGAAGACACCAGUCUGGACCUGCUGGAGAAAUGGUUUACUGCAGGUGCAGAGUGUCUUUUCCAGAUGAAUAAAUUCCUGCAGAAGUUGGAUGAGCUGUUGAGUAAGGUGACAUAUGACAAAGACCCAAUCAAAGCUCAGAGACCUUCCCUCCAGAAACGAGUGAAUGAACUGCUCAACAAACUGCUUAAGAGUUCGUUUGUGGUGGAGACCCAGCCGUCUAUGCCGCAGGGUCGCGGUCCGCUGGUCUUACGCACCAAUGUUCAGUUCUCCGUCAAAACCAGAUUGCUGGUGAAAAUCCCUGAACUCAAUCAUGCCAUGAAAGUAACUGUUUCCAUAGACAAGGAACCGCCACAAGUCAAAGGGUACCGGCGAUUUAAUGUGCUUGGCACUUCCUGUAAAGCCCUGAAUAUGGCUGAAAGUAUGAGUGGAGGCAUGGUGGCUGACUUCAGACAUUUGACACUGAAAGAGCAGAAGAUAGGAGGGGGAGGGAAGGGCAUGAAUGAUCUGUCUUUGAGUGUGACCGAGGAGCUCCACAUUAUUCAUUUUGACACACAGUUUGAGUUCGAUGGUCUGUCUGUUCCUCUGGAGGCUUCCUCUCUGCCUGUUGUUGUUAUCUCCAACUCAAGUCAGCAGCAAAGUGCCUGGGCAGCUGUGCUCUGGUUCAACACACUCUGCCUUGACCCUAAGAAUGUUCUGUUCUUUGCGAGUUCCCCAGUGGCCCCCUGGUCUCAGUUUGGGGCCAUGCUGAGCUGGCAGUUUCUCUCAUGUGCCAAACGAGGGCUCGAAGCUGAACAACUCCACAUGAUAGCCCAAAAACUCUUUGGUAAACAGACGAACUAUGACACCUGUAAAAUUACCUGGAACAAAUUCAGCAAGGAGAACGUCCCAGAUAUGAACUUCACAUUCUGGGUUUGGCUAGAUGGCAUCCUGAACCUAGUCAAGAACAAUCUAGCAGAUCUGUGGAGCGAUGGAUCCAUAAUUGGCUUCAUCAGUAAAGUGAGGGAGAGGAAUCUACUGAGGAAGAAACAGCGCGGGACAUUCCUCCUGCGUUUCAGUGAGAGCAUCAGGGAUGGAGGAAUUACCUUCAGCUGGGUGGAUUACUCGACUGACGGAAAGCCAAAUGUUAGAACAGUGAAACCCUUCACGAAGACAGAUCUGAAUCAGAUUCCAUUUCCAGAGAUUAUUCGGCAUUUUCAGAUUCAUGAGGAAAACAAUGUUCCCGUUAACCCUCUGCAGCACCUGUACCCAGACAUUCCCAAAGAUCAGGCCUUUGGCAAAUACUUCAGUGACACCAGUGGAGAGGAUAGCCCUUACAUUAAAUACAUCAGAACCAAGCUCAUGUUCGUCUCGCAAGGGAACGGGUGUGCGGGUGUGGCCGAGGGCAAAAGCUCCGGGCAAAUCAGUGGAGAGGCAGCCGGACCUCCGGGGUGUGAGGCUAUUGAUGACGUGAUGGUUUGGGGCUCUGAGAAUUCACCCAUGUUCUCAAGUCCUGUCAGUGAUGCCUUCCUGGAGGCUCAUCCUGCUUUAUCUCCCACCAGCACUUUUCCCAGCAGCGUUCCAGAGGAUUUUCCCAACAGCGUUCCAGAGGAUUUUUCCAGGGAUAUUACAGAAGUUUUGCUGAACGACAUGCGAGAUGAUUUUGCCACUGAUCAUUCAAGCUUACAGGAUUUCUUGAGUGACCCUAACCUUUUUUCUGACAUCCAAGGCUUACAGGACAUGGGCUUACCAGCUGCAAUGCCCCUGUCCCCCUGAACACUUCAACCAUAUGCCCUGACAUCCUGACCCACUGACCCCUGGUGAUGUGUCAGACAUCUAGCUCAAACCUGCCACGACCUUCCCUUGACCCCUAAUCUGACAUGGUGGGCGGUGAAAUCUAUCCUCUGAACUUUGAUCUCUGACACAGUUCUGAGACUCGUCUGAACCUUUAAACCUCUUUCAUCUCAUUUUUGUCUCACCCAUCUCUCCAUUCAUUCAUCCUCUCGUCAGUUCCUCUGUCGUGUCCGCGACACCAACACACGGAGUGCUUUCACACCCAGCCCCUUUCAGCCAGCAUGUCAGUGGGUAUCAGAAACAAACCACAGACCACAGAAACAAACUGAACCAGCACCAUCUUGGAGGUCUGAAUACGGCUUCUUUAGAGUCCAGUUGGGAGCACAAAGUGUUCCCACAACACACUGUCAUGAUGUGUGUGGUCUAGCAGGACCGGCCAUGCACACCUCAAUGAGUAUGUACAGAGCUUUCUCUUCUCUGGUAACGUUAAAGCCUGAAUGACCUUUCUACAGUGCUGUGCCAAAAGAUCCUGUGGAAAAAUAUGCAAACACUCAAUAAACUGGAAGUCAACAGCCAGCUGGACUGAAGCACCGGUGUGCUUUGCACAAUCACAGUACUGAUUUAGACUCUGUCUUAUGUUGAGCAGCAGUAUUGCAGACAGUUCACAAUUCAGAACAGUCAGAGUUCCAAAAGCGUGUGAAUGGAAAGUGGAGCAGUGUGAACACAAAGAGAACUUGGUUCUUUUUCUUUUGGUUCGUUUAAAGAGGAUCGAGUUUGGUUCAUGAAAAGAGAAUGGAGUUUGGUUCGUUUAAAGUGGAGUGUAUUGGUUAAAUCUGUUCCUUACCAGUCAGUUUUCAGUUUUACAUCCGUGAGUUAACACUGACCCAUCAGCGUUCAGUUUACAUCUGUCAUACCACCCUGACCAGUCACGUGUCAAUACGUGUCACUCUCAGUUCGACGGUCACAUGAUCGCAGGCGCGUAGAGACGCUGUGCCCAGAACAUAAAAUUUACACAAUGCUAAACGACCACACGGCAGGGCUCUUUCAGCUAAACAACCGCACGACAGGGCUCUUUUAGCUAAACGACCACACGACAGGGCUCUUUCAGCUAAACAACCGCACGACAGGGCUCUUUUAGCUUUUAAGGAUUGAAGAUCAGAUGGCUUUUAUUGCACUUUAAACGCAAUUCUUUAUUUAUUAUUGUCAUAUGUAGGUUGACCCUGUGUCAACCUACAUAUGACAAAUAAACUCUUAAACUAAACUAUUUGGAAUCCUUUUGAUUUUUCAACUGAAGGAAAAAAACUAACCGGAUUGGAAAAGUCCUCUCUUCCUCUUUUCUUCUUUCCCUCUUUCCCUCGGUGUCUGGGGAGGGAGAGGUGAGGCAGCCCCCCCCCUCUCAGGCUUAUGGGAUCUUAUGGGAGUGGUUGUGGGUCCAUUAUACUUGUUGUCGGUAAGACUGAUAAGUGGGGAUUUUUUGAUCUGUUUUAGUCCUGUAGCUUGGCAGAUGCAAAUGUUAAUGUUUUAAACACGCUCGUCCAUUAUAGAAUAUUUGUCCUUAGAGAGGAUUGAGUUGGACUGUCGCUCUGUACAAUGUAGAUCUGUCUAUGUAGCUGAUACCACAAUGUAACAAGACAGCUGUAUCCAAACUUUAUCCUUAUGACCAUCAUUGAGUGAGAACUGAGAAAUGAAAAGACCAGGCAAGUUUAUUCAUAUAGCACAUCUCAGACACAAAGACAAUUCACUGGGCUUUCCAUCAAUACAAGCAGAAGAAAAAAUAAGACAAAACACUUUACAAAAGGGGGAAAUACAA